AUGUCUUCCACAGCAGCAGCCUCAGAGGCCUACAUAGAUGCAUCCGCUUCCUGGGAGUCGUUCAACCUUGAUCCAAGAUUGCUUCAGGCCUUGGACCAAGUUGGAUUCGAAAAACCCACCCUAAUUCAGUCAAAUGCCAUCCCUCUUGCGUUGGAGGAGAAGAGAGACAUUAUCGCCAAAGCUUCCACAGGUUCAGGUAAAACCGGUGCAUACAGUAUUCCUAUAGUCCAGAACUUGUUAGCAGAAAGUGAUGGCUCCAGUCACCACAUCAAGAGUAUCAUUUUGGUCCCCACCAGAGAAUUGUCCACACAAGUGUUUAAGUUCAUCGAGAAAUUGUUACUUUACAGCAACAACUCAAUCCAAGUGGUUAACUUAUCUUCCAACAUGAACGACCAGGUAUUGAAGUCUCUCCUCAUCAACAAGCCAGAAAUUAUUGUCAGUACUCCAAACAAAUUGAUUCAAGUUUUGGAAGCUCAAGCAGAAGAAUCGGAAAAAUUGAUCGACUUGUCCACUGUCAGAAACUUGACUAUCGAUGAAGUUGAUUUGAUCCUUUCGUAUGGUUAUUUUGAGGAUUUGCAGAAGUUGGAAACCUAUUUACCAAUCAAGAAAAAUCUCCAGACCUUUUUAAUGUCUGCCACCAUAAAUGAUGAAUUAAAUGAAUUGAAAACAAAAUUUUGCACCAAACCAGCUAUUUUGAAGCUCAACGAUGAAAAUGUGUACCAUAACAAUUUGAUGCAAUACUACGUCAAGACCACUGAAUUUGAUAAGUUCUUGUUGGCAUACGUUAUCUUCAAGUUGAAUUUGAUCAAGGGUAAGACUCUUGUUUUUGUUAACAACAUCGAAAGAGGAUACAGAUUGAAAUUGUUCAUGGAACAAUUCGGCAUAAGGAGUUGUAUCUUGAACAGUGAACUUCCUAUCAAUUCAAGAUUGCACAUUAUUGAUGAAUUCAAUAAGAACGUCUACAACUUAUUGAUCGCUACUGACGAAACUGUCGAGGAAGCAGAUGUCGAGGAAGAGGAAGAGGAGGAAGGUGAGCAAAAAGAACAGAAGGAUUCCAAGAAAUCCAAAUCCAAAUCUAAAAAGAAUAAGAACAAUGACUACGGUGUCACUAGGGGCUCAGACUUCCAAAAUGUUGCUUGUGUCUUGAAUUUUGACUUGCCCGUCAGUUCCAAGGCUUACAUUCACAGAAUCGGAAGAACUGCCAGAGCUGGAAAAUCAGGUAUGGCUUUGUCAUUUGUCAUCCCAACCAAAGAGUUUGGAAAACAUAAAGUUGCAUCAUUAAAAACUGCCAAGAGAGACGAAAAGGUGUUGCGUAGAGUUUUGAAGCAACAGUUGCGUAAUGGUUUCGAAAUCAAGCCCUAUCAAUUUGACAUGAAGCAAGUCGAGGGUUUCAGAUAUAGAUCGGAAGAUGCCUUCAGAGCUGUUAGUCAGACUGCCAUCAAGGAAGCAAGAAUCAAGGAGUUGAAGAACGAGUUGGUGAACUCAGAUAAAUUGAAAAGAUUUUUCGAAGAGAACCCUCAGGACUUGGCAACUUUGAGGCACGACAAAGAAUUGCGUCCAACCAGAAUUCAAUCUCAUUUGAAGAGAGUCCCAGAAUACUUAUUGCCAGAAAGUGCUAGACAAGACGUGAAGAAUAUUGGAUUUGUUCCAUUUCACAAGAACAAGGGCAGAGGCAAAGGUAAGAAGAAGCCUACUCGUAGCAAGGCUGAUCCAUUGAAGUCAUUCAAGCAUAGAAAGUAA